AUGCUUCCUGUUCUGGACACUAUGACCCCGUCACCUCCGACACAGAACUGCUCCAACUGCAGCAGCCCGGUUCUAGUGCCAGAGCUGAAUGUGGUCAAAGCCGUGGUUCUGGGCCCCGUUCUCGGCAUCCUGAUCGUUUUUGGAGUCGUGGGGAACAUCCUGGUGAUCCUCUCGGUGGUUUGUCAUCGACACCUGAGGACAGUCACACAUUAUUUCAUCGUGAACCUGGCGGUGGCGGACCUGCUCAUCAGCUCCACCGUGCUGCCGUUCUCGGCCAUCUUGGAGAUCGUGGACCGCUGGAUGUUUGGACGGGCCUUCUGUAACGUCUGGGCCGCCGUGGACGUCUGCUGCUGCACCGCCUCCAUCAUGAGCCUGUGCGUGAUCUCUGUGGACCGCUACAUCGGGGUCAGCUACCCUCUGAGAUACCCCACCAUCAUGACGAAGCGCAGGGCCCUGCUGGCGGUGCUGCUGCUGUGGGUUCUGUCCAUCAUCAUCUCUAUCGGACCGCUGUUCGGCUGGAAGGAACCGGUCCCCGAGGACGAGUCCAUCUGUAAGAUCACAGAGGAGCCGGGCUACGCCAUCUUCUCCGCCGUGGGCUCCUUCUACCUCCCCCUGGCCAUCAUCCUGGUCAUGUACUGUCGGGUUUACGUGGUGGCUCACAGAGAGAGCCAGGGCCUGAGGGAGGGCCAGAAGACCGAGAAGUCGGACUCGGAGCGUGUGACGCUGAGAAUCCACCGAGGAAACACCACGGUGUCAGAGGACGAGGCUCUUCGCUCCAGGACUCACUUCGCUCUGAGACUGCUCAAGUUUUCACGGGAGAAGAAGGCCGCCAAGACUCUGGGCAUCGUGGUCGGCUGCUUCAUCCUGUGCUGGCUGCCCUUCUUCCUGGUGCUUCCCAUCGGUGAGUACCGUCAUGUCCAUGUCCGAUCAGGAUUGAAGUAUUUAAGUGGCGAGACAGACCUGCAGACACUUCAGGUAUCCCCUCUGUGUUGAUUCUGUUCGAGCCACUUGUUGUUUUUCCUUUUGUGUUUUUAUUUCAGUUGUAAUUGUCUUGGUGCCACACCAGGUGGCGUGAAGUCCUGAGUCUGGUUUGUUAUAAAUAGAAGAAGACGUAAUCAGUGGCAGGUGUGUUGGUAGCUGGAGGAGCAAUCAGGUUUUUUUUCACCAUCAUCUGCAUCUACGUUGGAAUUUGCUUUGUCUUUAUUUUGCAUCUGGAUUCUUUUACAAAACAAGAAUAAACAAAGAAAAUGCAGCUCAGACGAACUGUCUCAUCCACACGUAGGAAACAAUAGGCAGGGAAGCUGCGUCGACCGUACACCUGGCUAUCGUAGACCUCUUGGGAUAGACGACAGACACUGACCAAACAGCUGUUCCUUCGCCCUUUACAGGAAAUAAUGUGUCAAGAGACCUGGACGCCCAGCUAAGCAGCAGCAGGCAGGUGUAAACUCUCAACCUGAUGAACACGUGUGUAAUUCCUUUGAACAGACGCUGACUGCUCUGCUCCUCUCUGCCAAACCUCCGACAACGUCUAAAACCAAAGAAGAAGAAAUGACCCUCACAGUUGAACUCGGUCCGUCCUCCUCUGAACGACUGUAACAUUAAAAUGAAACAGCAUCAUUCAGCCCAUCCUUCUUUUAAAGUUUUGUACCCCCGGAUUGAAAAAAGGACGUUUCGAUUAUCAAACUGAGUUUUUUUAAAUAUUUUGGACGGAGCAGCUGGACAAAUAAAAUAAAUCAUGACUUCACUGACCCAGUUCUCAAAGAGCCGACACUAAACCAGAACUCAGAGCGAUUAAAAAAUGUUGGCCAAGAAUCUUUGAGACGGAAAUCUCUGAACCUCUUCAGAUAAAAAGAUCAUGUUUGUAACCGCAGAUCAUUUUAGAAACGACUGAUUCAGACAGAACAGGACAGACUUUAAUGACGUCUUCAGACUUUUAUUGAUCAAUGUGGACGAUCAGCUGAUGAGGAGGUCAGGACUCUGAAGGUCUCCGUCUCUGCUGAUCUGUCCUGUGGUGAACACCCUGAUAUCAAACCUGAUCGGUCACUUAUGUUCUGAUUCCUGAUGAUCAGAUUCACGUCGAUGAUAAACCUCUCGUCCUUGCUCCUGAUUGAAGGGUUUCAUGCUGAGGGUGUAGAUCUUUGGAUUAAAACCUGGACCUGAAGGUGGAUCGAGUAAUUUAAUAGAUCUGCUGUGGAAUCAUCCUGAUCUAUGGAGAGGAUUGGACGUAUCUCACACCUUCAGCAGCACUCAGACAUGUAGAUCAGCCCCUCCAGGAACCAUGGAGGCCCUGCAUUAAUUUGAUUUACUGAUCUAUUCAUAGAUGGCUGGGUUUUGAGGUGAGGGGGGACUUAACGGUUUGAUCCCGUUAAUUGAAUUGCCUCUCUGAGGGGAGCGCUGAGGUCAGACUCAUUCAGAGGAACCGGGUGGUCUCCUGAGUGGCGUAGUAAACGCUUUGACUCAUCCAGUCAGGUAGACGCUCCAAAAAUAGCAUCUUUAAAUCUUCCACAGCGGUCUGCGAUUCAGACGUCUGACAGAGCGGAGGAUGAGGAGGAUGAAGAGGAUGAAGAGGACAGCCUUCUCUCUGAAUGUGUGGGAUCUCAGCGACUCGGUGAUGAAGAGGAGCCCGUCACAUCAGAGUCAGACCUCGUAUAAAACCCCUCACAGGCUGAGGAGGAGAGCUGAGCAGAUAAUCUGAGCUGUGGCACAGCCCACGGCGUGCCCACCAUCUCCCUCCGGGCUUUUAUUAUUCCACGCUCUCAUGCUCGUAAAUUUAGCUGCUGCUGCUGUGACCAUUUGGCUGGAAACAAAACGAUGCCUCCAAAUCCUGGCAACAGUCGACAAACAGAACGAUGGGUUCAUAAUGACCCACCAGGCAGAGGUUUUAGAUCUGAUAUAGAGAACUGAGAAACUCACAGCUGUUUGGAGAGACGAAGCUGACCUGAAUUUUAGUCCCUGCCUGUGUGCAGGAGUGAAGAGUUUUUAAUGUGUUUCUCGUACAACCCAAGGUUGUUGUUCAGUUAUAAUUUUGCUUUUUAUUGAUUCAUUGAAAAACAAAAAAAAAAACACAGAUAUGUCAAACUUAUGACGAUGGUGAUGUUUGUGAUGAAGGUGAGAGUGGUGUCAGAUUAGCGGUAAGAGCCGUGAGCUCUUCUCGUUCCCCAGAUCACUGCUUCACCUGUCCAUUCACCUGAAGCGCCCCCCUGUGGUGAUUGUGUGACUAACAAAACAAAACUCCCCAAAAUAAUAUAUAUUAAAUAGUUAAAUAGUAUUCACAUGAUACGGCGUGGUCAGAAACGCUGUGUCGCUCCUUCAACUUCAACUGAUCGAUGGAGUUGUGUUGCACCGACACACUCAGGGGGUACAGAGAGACCCCUGACCAGACCCUGACCAGACCCUGACCAGACCCUGACCAGACCCUGACCAGACCCUGAUCUGACCCCGGGGUGUCCUGAGGCUGUUGGAGGGCCAGGGUCCACAGAAUAAUCUAACCUUUAUUUGACCAGAGAAGACCCGCUGAGACCCGGAUCUCUGUUACAAGGAUGACCUGCUAAGAGGUCAGCGGCAAACGUCAGAAUAAAUAAGAAUCAAGAGGAACUUCCUGUCUGCCAGGGGACGCCACAGGAAGUCUGGAUUAUUACCUCUGCAACAUUUGGAGGAGCAUUUAUCUUCUCUGUCUUCACUUCUCUGUCAUCAUCAGAAGGUCAGCGCUCAGCAGCAGCUCACCUGGAGAUUAGAAGAGAGAAGACUGAAAUCCCUGAAACCCGGAGCUGAGGGUUCAUUUACAUUUAUGAAAACACAAACAAAGAGAGAGAGAGAGAGGGAGAGAGAGAGGGAGAGAGAGAGAGAGAGAAACAGUCCCCUCCUCCUCUUCUUCUUCUUCACUCUGAGCUGUCGUUCUGAUGUCCGUUUUGGUUAAUUUUGCUCCUUUUUAAAACACAAACUUUAAUUUUUUCACUGCUGACCUGAAACCACGUCACGUCCCUGUCAGUUAGAGUUUUAACUGCUGGAGCUGCAGGGGGCUCAGACCACACCUUCACCAUCAGAACCGCUCAUUUAGGUCCAUUAAAUUCUGCGGCGGGGCCCGGCUCACGAUGAAGCGCUCCUGGAUUUCCUUCCUCCUCUUUCCAUCAUUUAGCUGAAGGCGACAGCUCGCCCAAUAAAACAUCUCAUCUCCUCCUGUCUCCCUCAGAUGGAGAUGUUAGCUGAGAUAGAUGGAUUAGCCGCAGUCACACAGUAGGUCAUCUCUGCUCGCUGCUGCAGUCUUCAUGACCAACAGGCCCGGGUGUAAACGGUCCGUUAAAGCCGUGUCUUCAUUAAAGAUCGGAUCACGCUCUCCUCUAAUCAACAGCAGUCUCAUUUAUGUCUGCAAAUUUAAUAAAUCCUUAACCCCAACGGCAGGAGGAGGUUUUUUCAGCGGAAAUUGGAAGAAACAAAGUAAAUGAUCUAAAGUGGAUGUAGAUGAGAGUGAUGGUUAGUGUCUGAGCAGCUGAAGGUUUGAUUAAGACUCAGGCUGAAUGAGUGUCUCUGGAUUAGCAGGUCGACUUCACUGAGGGAUAACCACCUCAAACAUCAGACACAGAAACUUUAGUGUUGAUGUGGACGCUGAGCCUCCGUCCUCAGACCCGGACAUGUCGACCUGACUGUAAACCCACUGACCAAAACACACACCUUUAACACACAGGUGAAAGGUCAAGGAGAUCACACAGGUGGGAGAGAGAGAGAGAGAGAGAGAGAGAGAGAGAGAGAGAGAGAGCUGUCAAUCAAUCCUUCACCGAUCAAUUUAACCAGGAAACAAAGAGCUGACAGAUCAGGGGUUAAUGGAGAGGAAGGGGAGACAAAAUGUACUCUGACCAAAACAAGGACAUCUGAGGAGAACAGUGACGAGUUCAUCCAUGAGAAACUGACACAGGUGAGAGUCAUCAGGGCGGGGCUCUCAGUCACAGCAGGAAAUACUUCAAAAUAAAAGAGGAAACAGAAGGAGGACACUCUGAAACCAAAACAUGUCUGUUGGUUCUGUUCAUCAUUUCACUCAAACUUCAAACCUGAUAAAGCAGAAAAUCGAGCUGGAGACAAUUAUAUCAAAAAGGUCUCAUUUUGGUUCUCAAGCUGUUCUGACACCUGAAAUCUGAUCCUACUUGAUAAAAUCAGGAACAACAAUAAUAAUAAAAAAAAAAUAAUAAUAAUAAUAACAACAAUAACAAUAAUAAUAACAAUAAUAAUAAUAACAACAAUAAUACUAAUAAUGACAAUAAUAAUAAUAAUAAUAACAACAACAACAACAACAAUAAUAAUAAUAACAAUAACAAUAAUAAUUAUAAUAACAAUAAUAAUACUAAUAAUGACAAUAAUAAUAAUAAUAACAAUAACAAUAAUAAUAAUAUCUGUAUUCAUAUCAUGUUUUGAUGACAGCAGGUGUUUUCUUACGGGGCGUUGCUGAUCUGUUUUUCAGCGCUGUCAUGUGUCGAGCAUCAGUAUCUGUGUCGGCUGUUACCACGGUGAUAUCUCCUCCAGGUUCAAGUCUGAAGCUUUUGGCAGAUGUCUGCGGCUGACGGUGUUUAAAGGAGAGGGUGGUGAAGGUUCAAAGUGAUCAAACUUAACACCCACGGAGGAUUGAUCAGCUUGUUCGCUGUCAUGUUUCCCUCAGGAUGAGAGUCUGUUUACGACGGUGUCUGACGGAGCGUCUCAUUCAUCAGGAGAAAUAAACCGAAGGAGUCGGUAAAUGUGUCCAACUCACCUCUCCUUUAAAUCUCUGAGUACAGAGAGGAAGGUGGAGGACACAGACUCCGCCUGCCUCAGUGCUGCCCACUAUCAUAAUGUCUCCGUUCCAUUCUCCCAAAUGUUUGUGCACAGACUUCAGAUGGCCUGUUAGAGCCAUAAACCACACAGACGAGCAGACUUGUCAGAUUUAUGGAUGUAAACAAUCCCCUAAACCGCACAAUCAUCUGAAACACACAAACGAGGUGGAGGCUCGGCUCAGACAUCGAUUGGACGAGCUGAUGUCUCACAAAAGCCAAAUAUUCCUGCAGCAAAAAGAGGCCGUUUUAGCAGGAUGGGGAUUUUAUGGCCUGUGGAGCCUGCCUCUAGUGGACAUGAGAUGAACUGCAGUUUUUUGCACCUCUGCAUCAGCUUAAUUUCCUGAUGUCCCAUUUCUUUUUCAGGGUAGGCUGAAAAUACAUGCUGAAGAUACGAGCUUUGACUCCAGUGAGAUAAAGGUUUUUAUCGUUGAAGUGCUUUAGAGCUGUGAAACCCGUCAGAACUGGUCUGAUCCUGUUCACAUCCCCACAGACCCUACACCAAGUCUUCUUCAUGAACCAGCUCCUUUAAAAAUGGAUUUCUCAUGUUUAACUCCAAAAGGCCCAAACUCAUGAACUCUCAGCUUCUCCUGCAAAGACCUCCUCUCAAACGGCAUGAUUUCCAGUGACCUAUCAAAGUUCUCUCUCUGUAAUUCAAGGGUUAAACGGGCGUCACAGCAGUCAGCUGAGGUCUGAGGGGGCGGGGCUUAAAUCCAUGAGUCAUCUACAUUUUCAUUUCUAUUUUCCUCGUUAGCUGUACUUGACUUUGAUAAGUUUCACGCUCAUUUUCUGACGUCUUCAGUUUUUCUUGAGUAGGAGUAGACCAGCAUCUUUGUGUCCCCUGAAAGUCCCAGAAUGCUUUGCAAAGUGAGGUGAUUGUUUUCAGUACACAGUGAUUGGAGGUGAAUUUUCCGUCCACACCAUAAGCACAGGAGGUGGGUUGAACUGUGUCUUCGCUGCUGUUCUUCUGGUCUGGUCUGAGUUCAGGGUCUGGCCCCCCUCACCUGAACCUCUCAGACCAGCAGAGUUUCUGUGGUUUCAUCGCCGGUCUGUAAAUCCGCCUCAUGUUUUUUUCUCUGUCCUGACAGGCUCCAUGUUUCCGGCGUACAGACCCUCAGACACCGUCUUCAAGAUCACCUUCUGGCUGGGUUACUUCAACAGCUGCAUCAACCCCAUCAUCUACCCCUGCUCCAACCAGGAGUUCAAGAAGGCCUUCCAGAGUUUACUGGGGGUCCACUGCCUGAGGAUCCCUCCCAGAUCACACCACCACCAUCUGAGCGUGGGUCCGGGUCACAAACACGCUCACAGCCAGUCCCUCUCUCUGGGCCUGGACAGCAGGGGGGCCCCGUGCCGGCUCAGCCCCUCUUCUUCCAUGGUCCUGUCGAGAUCCCCGUCCUCCAGGGACAGCAGGGAGUGGAGGGUCUUCACCGGAGGCCACACAGGAGGAUCUGGACCGUCUGAGACCAGCAGAGACAAAAUGGCCAAACUCUGCAGUAAAAGUUUUACACGGACCUGCUGCUGCAUCCUCAGUGACGGGACCCCCCCAGAGGAGUCUGACUGCGCCCAGCCCCCUCCUGUUCCCACCAUUAAAAUCCACCAACUGUCCCUGUCCGAGAAAGGAGAGCCCGUAUAGCUGCUGUGACCCCCCAUGCAUGAGUCCUGAGUCCCACUUCAAGGUUAGGGGUGAAUAUAUAUGUGUGUGUGCUGGACUAAACCCGGUCAGAAACCUGCGGACAGACGGAGAACUUUCAAAACUCUGAAACACGAUCUCUGAGAUACAGACUGUUAAAGGGAUAUUCUGGUGUAAAAUUAAUUUAGGGUCAAACACAGCCUCUCAGUC